CAACUAAAGAAGACAAAUCACAUUGACUGAUGAAGCGUUUCUGUCUCCCUUCCGCCUCCUUCUCCUUCAGCGUUCUUCCGUUCUCCCUGGAAUCUUCUCAGCGAAGACUGUGCUGCCACGCCACGCCCGAGCCUGACGAGCUGUGUCUCCUCACACCUGUGGCAGUUCGGGAUCCGAGAUAGAGGCGGAUAUUCCUCAAGCAGACGCACGCGCUCUUCUUUCCAUCUGUUUUUCUUUUCGCCGUGGUGUAAUCUUAUCAAGUCUUUUGUCUCCGACGAACGCGCACAAACCCUCCUCGCGAAAGGCUCCCUUGUGCUCACCGUCCUUCCCAGGCCCAGGGGCGCCGGAUGGUUAGUUGCCGCGACCGCGUUCUCUUGUUUCUCCUCCAUUUGUGGUCCUUCGCCGGAAGGCCAAUAAGUUUUUCUCUCUCUCACUCGUCUUCAACCUUUUCCUUCCCUUUUCUCCGCACCUGUCUCCCCCGUCUUGUUCCGUGCAUAGAUCAACGUCUCCAGUUCGAACUGGUUUCCCGGUCUGCGUUGCUUUCGUCUUCUUCGCUGCCUUCUACUCUCUCCACUUUCUUCUUCGGCUUGCCUUACUCUUGCAGCCACACCAUGGGGGCUCCUUCGGACCUCCCUUCCUUCGCUUCUUGCUCCGAGUCAAGUCUUCGACGAGGCCGGCACUCUUCUUCUGCUGUGCCUCCGUUGUCUCACCGUCAACUGGAGGAAACGGCGACCUGUCCUACAUGUCUUCCUUCUUCUCCUUCUUCCUCUUCCUCCCCUUCCUCCUCUCUCCCGCCGUCGUCUGCCUCUCCUUCGUCUCCCCUGCCGCUUCUUCCGGUGUCUGUCCAGGUGCUGCCUCCCUGCGGCUGUCUUCGCCUUUCUGUUGCAUCGGAGUCCUCCAGUUCGCGACCGAGUCUGCUGCGCGAAGCGUCUUUCCCCACUUCAAGUUCUUUGUCGGGUCUGUCUCCACGCUCGCGAGGCGUCUCGGCGGAGGCAUGUGGGAUGUCGCCCCGAACAUCUGGUGGAGGUGAAGAAACCGAAGUGGAAGCAGACGCGAUAUUGCGUGGAGGGAAGAUGAGGCCACUGAGUGUCUUUUCUUCUUCUCAGACGGAUGCGCCGGUCUGUCCGUCUCUCUCGUUGGGGGCGCCUUCCAACCACGUCACCUCUUCUUCCUCUGCCAGCGCGCGAGUGGCCGCGAAGCCCAACCGGAGAGACGAAAGAAAACAGAGAGCGAAGAAGAGAAGGAACGACAGGAAGGAUCAGGGAAAGGCAGAGUCGACAGAAGCAGACUGUGAACAGGACAGCCCAGAGCCCUCUGUCCUCUUCGAGGUAAAAGUUGCUGUUGUCGGGGACGUGGACAGUGGAAAGACGACGCUGGUCGGCGUCUUGGCAGGCCACCAUCUCGACGACGGGCGGGGGCUGAUGAGAUCCACCAUUUUCAAUUACUCCCACGAGGCUGCCUCAGGUCGAAGCUCUUCGGUCACCACGGAGAUCCUAGGCUUCACCCGCGAUGGUCGUGUAAUCAUUCCUUCUCGUCAUUCUUCGGAGUCGGUUCUCCAUUCGCAUUCUAGCACAGACGCUCCCCUCUCUCCUUCUCCUCUCCAGCUUCAACGGUCUUCUUCCUUUCGUCCUCUCUGUCCCUCUGCCUCGAAGGGUCCCGAUGGCGCGAAUGCGUCGGCGGCCGCGAGCGAGGCGCACGUGGCUAGCCCCAAAGAGACAGGACAGCUUGAACUUGAAUCCGCUGGCGGCAGCGACCGAGAAAGUCAAGAAAAAAGUGUUCCUGCCCUUGCAAUGUCUUCCCAAGAAACGACCGAAAACCACGAAAACGCCACAUACGGGCAUCUCUCCAACACCACUCCCGACCCAUUCGAACCUCAAACCGCUUCAAACUCAAAUCACCACACCUCCGCCUUAACUUCUUCUUCGCCUUCUUCAUCUGUUUUGCCUUCAUCUUCUCUUCCUCCAUCUGUGUCGUCAUCGUCUUCAUCGUCUACUUGCACCUCUACCGCUCCGUCGCCGUCGUUUUCAGCAGCGCGUCAGGGAGGCUUUGUGCCUCGCAACGCGGCGUGGCGAUGCGUUGUUGAACAGGCAGCAAACAUUGUGACUUUAUUGGACCUUUGUGGCCACGAGCGCUACUUGAAAACGACAGUCUUUGGCUUGGCUGCCUCCUUUCCAGAUUACGCCAUGGUGGUGGUCGCGGCCAACAACGGCCUGCAGCGAAUGACGAAGGAGCAUCUGCGCAUUGCGCUCGCGCUGCGUCUGCCCUUCUUCGUCGUCGUCACAAAAACAGACAUGACUCCCGCGCAUGUUAAAAAGCGAACUCUUGAACAGGUUUUCAAAGUUUUAAAGCACCCUGCAGUCCGCAAACUGCCGAUCAUGAUAAAGAGACGCGAAGAGGUGGAGGCUGUAGCGAAAAGCGUCGCUUCUGGGCGGGUCUGUCCCGUGUUUUGCAUCUCCAGCGUGACCGGGGAGAACAUGGAUAUCUUGGCUACUUUCUUGGGCAAGCUCCCAAACCGAGUUGAAAUUUGUGGUCUCUACGGACGGUUCGACGACCCCUGCGAAUUUGUCAUCGACAGAGUCUUCUCGGUUCCAGGCGUCGGCGUCGUCGUCUCUGGAACUCUCCGUAGUGGAGAAGUUACCCAGAACCGGCAACUCUUCCUCGGCCCCGACAGGACCGGCGCCUUCCGCAAGGUCGGUGUGCGAUCCAUUCACUACAAACGCGUGGCUGUGGCUCGAGCCGUGAGGGGGCAGGCCGUCUCCAUGUGUAUUCGAGCGACCAACAAGAAGGAACAACUCAAGAGUUCGUCUUUCCGGAAGGGAAUGGUCCUGCUGGAGCCUCCGCUCCCGCUUCGGGCCUGCUGGGAAUUUCUUGCCUUCGUGCUCCUCCUGCACCACAACACGACCAUCCAGAGAGGCUAUCAAUGCGUCAUUCACAUCGGGAAUGUCCGACAGGCUGCGCGUGUGACAGACAUUUUCUCGGAGGACAGAACGGAGAAGAAAGACGCCCUUCGGACGGGAGACAAAGGCUUCAUGAAGUUCCGGUUCAUCCAGUACGCCGAGUACCUCACUGAGAGUGCUCCUCUCAUUUUUCGAGAAGGUCGGACCCGCGGCUUGGGCACCGUUUGCGAAGUGUGCUAAUAAACUUUCAGAGGAGACGAAGCAGCAACGACAGAAAAAGGAACGAAAAAGGAAGAAGAGAUAAAGAGAGAAGACAGGAAUGAUAAAGGGAGAAAAGAAGAAAAAAGAGGAAAGGAUACAAGAGACAGAGACAUGUCAUAAAAAGAGAUGAAGAGAGAACAAGUGAAGAAAGCAGAUGUAAAGAGAGAGAGAAGAGAAGAAAACAGGAGAGGUAAAGCGGGAAGGAAUAAUGAGGCAUUUCACAAAAAAGGUGAAGCCUCAAGAGACCAGAAAAAGAGGUACGAUAAAACAGAGCCACGAAACGCCUUCGAUUUGCAGUUGUCCGCGUGGAGAUCCUUAGGUUUUUGAUGGUGCCCCAAGACUGUUUUCCAACAAAAACAAGGAUGUUUCCCGGAGGCGAAACUUGACAACCUAGACGGCCCUCCGAAAAUGCGACAGCACCAAUUCCUUUGAACGCUGGAAGAAAAUACGUUUGCAAACAUGCAGUUCAAUUAAACGUACACCAAAUCGUUUAUAUACAUGAUGAUGUGCUUGUCGGUCACCUUCUCGGUACCUUGAUGCACGUACCUACAUGCAUAUAAGCAAACCUUCUCUUUUUGGAAAAUCGUGCUGGUGGCUGCAGAAUUGUACCCUGGAACGGAACUUCGCAUUCAUCAGUAUCCACAGUGUAUAUCGUGACACUGCUUUUCUCGGC